AUGGGCUUUGACACUGCAUGUCUGAAACCGGUCUCACACCCAGUUAUCGGUUUUACAUGGGCCUCUGUCGUCCCAGAAGGAACCAUCAAACUAGCUGUAAAGCUGGUGGAGGGAUCUCACUCAAGAGACCUGCUAGUAGAAUUCCUCGCAGUGGAUGUACCUACGGCAUACAACGCCAUCAUAGGACGACCUUUGAUUCAUGACGCUCAAGCUGUGGUAUCAACCUACCACCUUACAAUGGUCUAUACCUCAAAUGACGGCAACCCCAAGAAACUCAGGGGGAACCAGGAGUCGGCAAGGGCAUGCUACUUGACCGCUCUCAGGCACUCUGACCAUAAAUGUCCCGCUGAUACGCCGUCGUCGGAGCAGAAGAAACGACGGCUGGAAAACAAGGCCAAAAAAGAUCUGUCAAUGGAGAAUUUCGAGGGAAGGCCGGCAGAUCAGCCGAGACCUAGCCCAGAAGGAGAGAGGCAUUGA